AACCUCCAUAUGCCGCGGGUGCGGCCCUAAAAAAGACAAAAAGACCAAAAAAAAAAAAAAAAAAAAUCCCUGAAGGAACCGUGGAAAAGUGUUUCUUUCACGUUUAUAUUUUUUGUCCAUAAAAAUGCCCUGGCUGGGCGGUGAUCUCUCAACAAUCACAGCCUCAGGAAGGAAGGUUUUCCCCAGCCCCACACUAUUAAAGCAGCACAAAGUUGCUCUCCGAGGCCAGGAUGCCCUUGCUUUCUCACAGCAGGACCCACUGAAGGUGCAAACGCCCAGGUCUGGAGUGCCCAAACCAACCCCAUAAAAAGAUAUCUUGCGCCCUCUUGCGCUCGCUUGGAGAAGCACGCUGCCCGAAGACCCAGCUAAAGAACCUCUGAGCAAAUUGCUUAGUAGUGCCCGUGCGCUCCCUGGCGGCCGUCUGGUGAAUCACUGAAAUUCUCAAUGGCUCAGAUUUACUUGGUAAUGGCAGGAGUGAUGCUCUGCUCCAUCUCUGUUUGCUUUCUUGACCAGAACUUGUCUGCUGUCCAUUGCGUAGAGAAGAGGGAAAUCUUCAAACAUUUGCAAGAGAUGAAAAAGAUCCCUUCUCAGUUAUGCGUAAAGGACAGAAUCGACUUCAAAUUUCCUUGGAAAAGAGAGAGUAUCACCCAAAUCCAGAAGACUGAAGGCACCUGUUACUGCUAUCUGAUGCUUCAGCAGAUCUCCAGUGUCUUCUCCAAAAAGGACAGCCGUGCUGCUUGGAACACCACCCUCCUCGAUCAACUACUCUCUAGCCUUGAUCUGGGCCUGAGAAGACUGGAGCAUAUGAAAAAAGACAAUAUGGAUUGUCCCCAUGUAGGAUCUGCUCUCCGAAAGUAUUUCCAAGGAAUCCAACUCUACCUGAAGGAAAAGAAAUACAGCCCCUGUGCCUGGGAGAUUGUCAGAGUAGAAAUCUGA